AACCACAUCGCUUUCGUCUCGUGAAGGCGGACUUUAGCAUGAGGCGGACUUUAACAUUGGAGGUGUCACUUUAAACAUACGAUCUCCUGUUAUGGUCUGAGAACCAGGAAGCGUCAGCUCCUGGAGAAAACACCGCUGAAUAAAAGCCUGCAGGUGGAUACCGGCUAUUUCCCAACCAUUAGCGUCAGAGGUGAUGGGAUGUCUCGGACUAACGGAGCGGCUGUAAAGCAUCUUUACCGUUAGCUGGUGGUGAUGAAGGCAUGUUGUCGGGCAUUACUGUAACUAACGUUACGCGUCUUUCUGUCAGUUGUAUGUCCCGUUGUAUCGGUUAAGGAGCCAUUUACCGUUACUUACCGUCAGCUAGCAGCUUAGCUCUCUUCUGCAGCUAACUAGGUAGACAAUAGCCAUGUUUUUAUCACAUUCGGAGCUAUGGAGAACAUAUUGGGAGUAUGUUUCCAGACCUUACACGGUGCUCAUCUGUUCCUUCACGGCCGCACUAUGCUAUAUGUGGGGCCGCACGAGUCAGACACCAGCCUUGAUUUCUAGCAAGGCUUUCAGUGCUUUCCUCCACAAGUACUGUCCUGUUGUGACCGAGCCCUUCAAUCCCACUCCAUGGUGCUGGGGAGGCCGCAUUCAAACCCUGGUCUGUGCCGUCCUUAAGUCCAAACUGCCCGUCACUUAUCGCAAUGAGCUGAUCCGUACAGUUGAUGGUGGUCAGAUCUCUCUGGACUGGGUGGACAAUCGGGAUAGUGCGACAUACCCAGAAUCCUCCAUCCGCCCCACAGUACUGAUCCUCCCAGGCCUGACGGGCAACAGCAAGCAGCACUAUGUGCUCCAUGCUAUUAGCCAAGCCACCCGCCGCGGCUACAGAGUUGUGGUCUUCAACAACAGAGGGCUCGGAGGGGAAGAGUUGUUGACGCCUGUCACCUACUGUGCAGCCAAUACCUCAGAUCUUGAGCGUGUGGUGCGCCAUGUCAAAGAACUUUACCCACAUGCGCCUGUGCUUGGUGCUGGUGUGUCUUUGGGCGGCAUGUUAUUAUUAAACUACCUGGCCCGUAAGCGUACAGAGUCGGGGAUGGUGGCGGGUUUCACCAUCUCCGCCCCCUGGAAUGCACUGAAGUCCGCCGCCUCAAUGGAAGAACCACUCAACUGGCUGCUCUUCAAUAAAUAUCUCACCAGCGGCCUGUGUCGUGCUGUCACCAAGCACAGGAAGGUUCUGGAGAAAGUGGUGGACAUUGACCACGUCUUGAAGGCGAAGACUAUCCGCGAGUUUGACGAACGCUUCACCUCUUUGCUGUUUGGUUAUAAAUCUUGCACGGACUAUUACCACGAUGCCAGCCCAGACUCCAAACUCCCCAAUACGGCAGUGCCCAUCUUGUGUCUCAACGCUGCUGAUGACCCCUUCUCUCCCCAAAGCGCCUUCCCGUUGACCACAAUCCAGAGCCUGCCUAAUGUCGCCCUGCUGCUGACGGCUCACGGUGGACACAUCGCCUUCCUGCAGGGUUUGUUUCCCCGUGGCGAGAGUUACAUGGAGCGCUUGUUUGGUCAGUUCGCCCAGGCCGCCUUUGAACACCCUAAGGACCUCAAGAAAGCAUGCGGCAUGAAGGAGGAGCAGAGCAGCUGAUCAUCUCACACCACGUCACUCUGUUUGUACUCUGACCCUGACUGAAUACCAGGAUGACCACUAGCUGAGAAGAAUAUGAAGUCACUGGCAUCAAAGUAGUAGAACAGCAAUUCACAAAAAUGCAUUGCCCAGCUUCGCACGCCGUUCUCGUACCACAUAAAUGUUGCGUCUCCUCCCUGUUUGCACAGAGAAUGACCAACUGUAUUGUACUCAUGGGACCUCACUGCAACUAUGCUAAUCUACCUCCUCAUCUUCUCAGGUUCUCUUUCAAUGAGCAAUCACAGAAGGUUUAAAAAGAGUCCUGCGCUAACUUAAUGCCUAAUAAUGUAUCUACACGAAAAAAAGUUUAAAAAACAAAGAAAGUCAAUAGACUGUAAAUUUCUUCGACUCAUUUCGUCUCCCAUACGCCGUCCCAAUUUCAUGUGAAGCACUGUAGAGUGGGUGGAAAACAAAACGCACAAUUAGUUAGGAUUAGGAUUUUAGGAACUAUUUAAAAAUGUUAUUUAAAUAGAAAUGAAUGUGAACAUUUGAACAGCUAUACAUACACACUGUUACCCCCCCCCCCCCCCCCCCCCCCCUCAAACGCUACUUUUGCUUUUUUGAAGUGUGAAACAUUCUUUAAAAGAGUUUACUUCGCCACACCUGCAUGCAUACUUCCCAUACCAUUUUGAAAUGCAUACCACACUCUGAGGUAAUCCUCAGAACUAAUGAGUCUCAACCUGGAAACAGUCACGCAGCAGGAAUAAACAUAUCUGCCAUGACAAAAAGACUUGUGGAAUUGUAAGAUAUGCGUAUCACCUGAGUUGUUCAUUUGAAAACAAAAAACUGAAAUGUGAAAGUGUUCAAAUGUUGUAUGCUUGUAUAUGCUUUUUGCAGUGUGCUUGGUUGCAAUGUAAAUGUUGCAGUAUAUCAGAGGUGAAUGAGCUUUCACUGUGUAAAAAGUACUUGAGGUAUGUGUACCAGCUGUCAAUAACUUAAUAGCGAGUGCUUUUGAAUUUGUGAGUGUUGUGAUCUGCCUUUUUUUUUUUUUUUUUUUUUUUUUUUAGGGAAUGUCCGAUCGGUAAAAAGAAUGUCCAUCCCAUCUGUAUCGUGGCCACUUUCAGUCCACAUGACGAUGCUGUGAUGUGAGGCUUGUAGUUAUAGGAGGUUGUUUUGAAUUGAAUCCCUAAUUAGGUGUGUGUGUGUGUGUGUGUCCACCCCAAUGAUACAAGCACACCAUUUUAUGAUGCUGAUACCUAGGUAUUAUUAAUUCAUUAUUUGUUUAGCAGAAGCUACAGUCGUGUGACUCAAGAUAUAUAUAUAUAUAUGGAUAGCAGCAAAUAUUACUCAUUGUUGGCUUAUUGCAUUUAUUUGCUCGUGAGCUCUUUGCACCACUUUCACUUGCCUUUUAAUUGCUGUGUAUUUUUUAAUGGAUAAAUGUGUUUUGUGUGUUUGAAAUAUCAGUUUUAAGAUUGUACCCUUCACCUGAAAGAACUUCGGGCAUUAUGAACUAUCUAUUUUUUUUUUUUUUUAUUGAAUUACACUUGAAUUAAAGAAUGACAAUUAUACAUCUUGAAGGAUAGUCUCAAAGUGAUUGUAAAAUAAAUUAAUUUCUCAUCAGUGGUCCAUCGCGACACAUAAUCCUGCCUUGGUUUGUUUUAAGUUACACAUAUCACCAUGUUGGUCCUAAUGGAAAAAUGUCACAUGCACUGCCUAUCACCGAGUUCCCUCCGGUUCCACAGCUGAAACCCGAGAACCUUUUAUCUCUGAUCGGUGGGGUCGUUAAUGUCGUUGAUUAACCAGACAGAGUAUCAAUAAUUUACUGCGAACAAUAAAGGCCCAACG